AUGAGCCUUGACCAGAACCUGUUCACCCUCAAUGUCACCCCGAACGCUGAACAUCCCUCGGUCGUCGACUUGGUAGACCCCAAAGGGACAGUGCACUACCGGAAGGAGCGAGAACCAGGAACGCUCUACAGGAUCAACGUGUACGAGCCACUGUCGGAGUCGCUGCUCGCAUCCGCUACUGCCCCCUCCGCGACGAGCAAGCAGAAGAUCAUCGAGCUGCACAACCCGUCCCAGGUUGUAGAGCUCAAGUCCAUCGGUACCCUUUCCUUCAAGUGGAGCUUCAAGUGGGAGGAACAUGAAUUUGAGUGGAAGCGUGAAGAGUGUUUCAUGAUUCGCAAGCCAGAUCCUCCUGUCCUCGUCGCAGUGACCAAGGAACCUCCGGGGAAACUAAAGACGACUGCUGUUCAAAUUCUUGACUACAAUCUCAAUAGAUUCGACAUCAACGAUCGCAAGGGCCUUGAGAUCGCCCUCCUCACAGCCCUUCUAACAUUUCACGACUUGAACGACUCUUACCAUAAACCCUUACCAGAGCAGACCCCUGCGAUCACAGAGGCAUCUUUGCCUCGACAAGCCUCCGGGAGUGCUCCGCCUCCCCCACCUAAGCCCGCACCAAAAACUGGCGUCGACCGCAUUGCGGAGAUGCACGCGGUGCGUGGCGAGGUGAACGAUAUCUUGGUAGAAGAUGAGGGGCAGGUGAGCGACUACGCGCAGUACGCGAUGAAUCUCCUCGAGGAUGAAGCAAUGCUUUUCGUUACAAUACACUCAUCCUCGGCGGCGGAUGUCCCAAAGGUAUUACAGGUUGUUGAAGAAACCAAGCGGAUCCGACACAAACGAGGUCUAGCAUGCGACACAGAGCUGCACCAAUACGUCAUCUACGACCGCCCUUUAACAUCAUCAUUACCGCCACGCGGAGGCCCGCGACGCAUCGUCCUGGACGAUCCCCAAGCAAAGAGCAAAGACGCGCCGAAGAGGGAAUACAGUCCUCCCAGCAGCCUCACCAUCCAUCUCAGUAAAAUACCCAUGCCCGAGCUCCAGCCCCGU